CUUGCGCACCUAUCACCACCGCAUCAACCCACGCCAAUUCGUGGCACUGCCAAGUUCCGGCAUCGGCAAUCGUGUCAUGUACUGUUUCUAUUAAAGCUUUCUAGUCGGUAAAAGAAUCGUCGCAAUUGGUGGAAGUAGGCCCAUCGAUCCAUCAUGGCCUCAAGCUCUACCGAGACGACUCCCCUAAUCUCAUCCAUGUCAGGCGGAAGCCGCAUGAUGCCACCCAAGCCCCAGCGAACUGUCACUUUCAACCCCACCGUGUCCUCGGCCAGUCCGAAACAGCCGUCCCGGACGCUGUCGUAUGGGCCUUCGUCUUCGGGCUAUAUGCCCACCACCCAAGGCGGCCAGCCAAUGCUGUCCACGCUAAACAGUAAACUGCGAAGGAGAAACAGCUCAGGCGCACCCGCAAGACCACCAUCUGCGCCCGCACCGAAGAUCGGCCCGCAGAGGACGACGAGAACCGCACAGAAGUUAAAGCUCCUUCCCGAUCCGGCCGCAGAAGAGGGGGAAGACGAGGAGAGUGGACGAGAUGUAUACGUACAGUACACAAGAAUAAAAGACCCUACGGCUAGAAGAGAUGCAGCUCGAUUGGGAAAGGCAGACCGGGAGCGGUUGCCGCGAGUAACGGCAUACUGUACAGCAGCCUCUUACAAACUGGACGACUUGAUGCGCUAUCUAAAAGGCAAACAAAAGGCGCGAGGUGCCAUGCCUAAGCGCUUCGACGAGUGCAUAUACUCUCCCUACAACUACGGAACGAAAGGACCCGAAGACGUCGCAAGUACUGCUGUACUUGACGGCGUCCCCGAGGAGAGACAAAGAAGAUUUUCAGAUAGCGCCAUCGAGGUGGAGCAUGAAAACGAGAGAAGGAGACAAGAUCUAAUCGACCUGCACGAUGAGGGCGAUGCACCUAAUAUUGGGAAUGAAGAAGCAAUCGACGAUAGACCCCGGCGGCCAUCAAUUACACAUGCCGAUUCGGAUCCUCAGGUCGACACGCCAGAUUUCGACACCCAGGUCCAUACACCAGAAGUCUUCCUGUUUGAGUAUGGCACUGUUGUGCUAUGGGGCAUGACUCUCCAGGAAGAGAAACGAUUCCUGAAAGAAAUCGCCAAGUUCGAAACUGACAAACUUGGUAAAGACGAAGUAGAGACGGAAGAGUUCAACUUCUACUACACGCGCGAGUACCAAGCACGCAUCUACAACGACUUCAUCAGUCUGCGGGACAAGAAGAACUACAUGAUCAAGCUUGCCAUCAGCCACGGCCUUUCUCAGAGCGUCAAGACGUCUCUCUUCGAGGACCUGGUCGACAACACCAUCGACGACACCAAAGACAUUCCCGCGCAGAUUGCGAGUUCCGGGACGAUCAAUCUAAGCAAGAAGCAGAUCAACAUGCAGAUUGGUGAAUUGUUCAUCCUGCGCAUUAGCAUCCAUCUCCAGGGCUCGGUGCUCGACGCGCCCGAGCUGAUGUGGGCCGAGCCACAGCUAGACCCCGUCUACCAAGCUGUAAGAAGCUAUCUCGAGAUGGACCAAAGAGUCAGCCUAUUGACAGAGAGAUUGAAUGUGAUUGGAGAUCUUUUGGCGGUCCUGAAAGACCAACUGACAGUGACCCAUGGUGAAUUGCUCGAGUGGAUCGUCAUUAUACUGGUCUUCGCCGAAGUCGUUGUUGCCGCCAUCAAUAUCUUCGUCGACUUGCAUGCCGCAGACUAAGAGUCGCCGCGGUUAUACAUUGUAUAUAGUAUUGUUAUUUUCGUCUUCUUUUGUACGAUACUUCGGCAGUACGAAAGCUUGGAGGUCAUGUUUAAAAGGGGAUUUUGAGGUUCGCGGGCGUUGAUAUUCCGAUUAGCGUUGUUCUCAUACAUGUACGGAGCAGCUACUCGUCAAGGAGCUGUGAAUAGGCGGCUAGUUUGUAAUUAAUUGGCACGAGGGGGCGAAAAUGCCCGGAAGAAUGCAAGAGAAUACCAGGCCACUGUAGCA